AUGGAAAAGUGGGAAGGAAAACUCGCAGUUGUUACUGGUGCUUCAUCAGGUAUUGGAGCUGUAAUUACACAAAAGUUUGCUGAAAAUGGAAUCAAUGUUAUUGCUUUGGCACGAAGAUAUGAAUUAAUCGUGGAAAAUAUACGAAAUAUCGGCGAAACAAGGGGUAGAAUCCAUCCACACAGAUGUGAUGUCUCUGACUAUGAGUCAAUUAAGGAAACAUUUAAGUGGAUUGAAGAUAAUUUUGGUACAAUUGACAUUUUGAUUAAUAAUGCUGCAAUUGUCACUUUUUCACGAGCUUUAGAUGAAAGUGAAGAGACUACCGAAUUGAUUAAUCAAGUCAUAAACACAAAUCUUAAUGGUUUGGUUCAUUGUACUCGAAAAGCUAUUGGAAUAAUGAAGAAAUAUGGAAAUAAUUCAAUCAUAAUUAACAUCGCAUCAAUGCUUGCACACCACAUUCCAUAUUUAGGGUUCUCUGCCAAUAUUUACCCAGCAACUAAAUUCGCAGUACGUGGCUUUCAAGAAAUGAUUCAGCAUGAGCUAAUUAUGGAGAAGAACUCAAACAUUAGGAUUGGAAACAUAAGCCCUGGAAUUGUUGCAACUGAUAUGAUUACUAAAGAAAUGUUAGAGACAUCUCCUCAUAUAAUGCCUGAAGAUGUGGCAAAUGCUGUCCUGUACGUCAUCAGCACUCCUGUAAAUGUGAAUAUUUCUGAUUUGAUUAUUCAUUCAGUUUGCAGCGUGGUUUAA